UCGAAUAAUGCGGAGGAGGCUUCGAUUGAAGUUCGCAUUCCCUUUGCUCCCUCUUCUCAUCAUGCACGUCACUUGCACUGAACUUCCAGAAACCUUCGUGGAAGGCCUUGAAGAAGGCAGUGCCAAGAUGCCGUGUGAAGUUGGACAGCGGAAGGAUGACAACGUCGAGUUUAUUUUUUGGUACAAGAACGAGGGAGUGACGGCUAUAUACACGCUAGACUCCAGGGGCCGGGACCUGUCGCAGGCCACGCACAUGCGCAAUGAGACUUACAGCGAUAGACUGAAGUUUGACGUCACCGGUGACGUACCCUUGCUUGAAUUAGAUGAUCUCAGAGAAGAGGACUCAGGAUCCUACUUCUGUCGCAUUGACUAUCAAUGGACAGCAACUGAAAUCAAAAGAGUUAAUCUUGUCGUUGUUGUUCUACCUAAAUCUGUUGUUAUCCGCGAUGAUUCCGGAGAGGAAGUUGGUGAUAUUGCUGGGCCUUACAAAGAAAAAUCCGACGUAUCAUUUACAUGCGAUUCUCAGAAAGGAUUUCCUCUCCCUAACGUGACAUGGUGGAAAAACAACAAGUUAUGGGACGCUACUUUCAAGAAGUCUUCUACUAAUGUCAUUAACGAAAUGAGACUCUCCAACCUUAGCAGGCUUGACUUGUUUACUACAUUUCACUGCAAAGCUCAAAAUACAAAACUUACCUCACCAAUGACAAAGAGUCUCGUUGUAGAUAUGUACUUAUAUCCAUUAUCAGUAAAGAUCACCAGCAGAUCUGAGGCUCUUUCAGCUGGCAAGUCUGUGGACAUCACGUGUGAAUCGAAAGGUUCUCGACCCUCUGCCAAGGUCACGUGGUGGCUAAACGGUUCACAGCUGACAGACCACGUGGAAACCGUCCGAGAAAAUUCCACUUCGUCAGUCCUGCGAUUGCUGCCCAAGGUCCAGCAUCACAAGUGGCCGUUAGUGUGCAGGGCCCAAAACCCAAUGAUGAAGGACAGCAUCUUGGAGGACACCCGCAUACUCAAUGUCACGUACGUCCCGCAGGUGACACUCCGCCUUAUGAAAGAGGAGGCGGAUCGGCAACCGAAAGAGGGCGACUUUGUCCGCCUGUCCUGCGACGUGGAGGCCAACCCCCAAGUCCUGAAAGUGGGCUGGCUUCUGGACGACUUACCCCUUUCCCACAACGAGUCAAGGACAGACACACCCGCGGGAAAUACCCUCGUCUUCAAGAGAAUAGCCCUCAGGAACCGAGGACGGUACAGAUGCUACGCCAUCAACGAGGAAGGAAGAGGCGUCAGCAGAGAACUCACACUCAACAUCAGCCAUGCCCCGGUUUGCAAGCCAAACCAGCAAAUUACUUACGUGGUCGGGCUGAACGAGAGUGCAGUCAUAAGGUGCGAGGUCGAGGCCGAUCCCGCAGACGUCACGUUCCGCUGGGAAUUUAGCAACACAGUUCGCAAGCACUACCACCUCAUGCACUCGAACUCGGGGGUGGUGAGUCGCGCCACCUACACGCCAACCACCCCCGCAGACUACGGCACUCUCUUUUGCUGGGCAAACAACAGCGUCGGUCACCAACAAUCAUCCUGUUUCUUUACGGUGAUAGCGCCAGCAUGCAAACCUGAAAAAACCACGAAGAAUGCAUCCACAUCAUCAAGAGAUGGCAGCGAAGAAGUAUGGAAUCACUCCGCCAUAACUGCUGGAGCUUGCAUCAUAGCAUCCAUCAUCAUCGUCACUGCAGUAUGUGUCUUCUAUUUUAGGAAAUUCUACUUGGAGAAAAAACACAGACCAAUGGGGUGGAGUACGGUUCAAGUAAACAACUCUUGUGGAUCCGACUCGUACGCUGCUACCAAUGCCAGUAUGCUGAACUGUUCGAGGUGACAGGAACCUAGUUCCUGUGUCCUGGAGUGCCUGCAUGAGUCUUCAGGGAUCUUUAUGAACGAGAGCAUACCAACAUCUUGAUUGAAAACGGUUCUAUAUUAAACAGUUUUGAAGCUCAAAAUAUAAAGUGAUACAUUACUUUAAUAUAAUUUAAGAAGAUUGAUGCUGAAGAUAUGGAUGAUAAUGCACUUCUGGAUUCCUUAUUAGGAAAAAAACAUUUGAUGGACAGUUUGACAUCAAAGAAAAAAUAAAUAAAUCAGGACACAGGAGUAUCAAAAAAGAAGAAUGUCAUUUCUAAGACGGCUGCUGCUUUUGAAAAAAGAAAUAAUUUUAUCGUGUUGUGUUGAAAAUGUG